UGAAUCUGGAGCAAGAACAGAGUUCAAAGCCUGAAGGGCUCAGGCUCCCACAUGCCUCACCCUCGCCACACCAUGAGGGGAAACCCACUGCCGAAGCCAGUCUGGAUUCUACUCUUCUUGCUCCUUCCCAGAGAUGCCUCAGCUACUACAAAUCCGCAGUACAUGGUGGUGGUCCCAUCACAGCUCUAUGCCGAAGCUCCUGAAAAGGCCUGUGUCGUCCUUAGCCAACUGAAUGAGAAAGUGAUGCUCAACAUAACUCUCGAUUAUGAAACACAGAGCAAGAAGCUCCUCACAGACGUGGUGGCAGAGAAGAAUGCUUUCUACUGCAGUCCCUUCAUUAUUCCAGACUUGCCAUCCUCCUUGGCAUUCAUCACUGUGCAGGUUACCGGGCCAACCCAGCAUUUUGUACAGAGGAAGCCAAUGAACAUCCUAAAAGCAGAGAACCUCAUCUUCAUGCAGACUGACAAACCCAUCUACAAACCCGGACAAACAGUGAGAUUCCGCAUUGUCCACGUGGAUGUCAAUUUUCACCCUUUGGAUGAAACGUUCCCAAUCAUUUUUAUUGAGGAUCCCAAGAGGAACCGCAUUUUCCAAUGGCGAAAUCACGAAUUGCAGUCGGGGCUCAGCCAGCUCUCUUUCCCACUCUCAAUGGAGCCCAGUCUAGGUUCCUACAAGAUCAUACUGCAGCAAAAGUCAGGGAAAAGAGAAGAGCACUCCUUUGAGGUGAAGGAGUACGUUUUACCCAAAUUUGAGGUCCAAGUAAAAGCACCCAAGACCAUUGGUUUUCUAGAUGAAGACUUUCCAGUAACCAUCUGUGGCUUGUACACAUAUGGAAAGCCUGUCUCUGGUCUGGUGACAAUGACUGUAUGCAGAAAGCAUUUACGAUUUCAUUCCGCCUGUCAUAGCAAAUAUGCACAAGAUAUCUGUGACGAAUUCAGUCAACAGGCAGACAACAAAGGAUGUUUCACAAAAGUCAUAAAGGCUAAAGCAUAUCAGCUAAAACAAAAAGGAUAUGACAUGACAAUACAAGUGGAAGCCAAGGUCAAGGAGGAGGGAACAGGAUUGGAAUUGACUGGGCAUGGAUUAAUUCGGAUCACAAAUACCUUAAGCACAUUGAAAUUUACUAAAGCAGAUUCUCAUUACAGACGUGGACUUCCUUUCUUUGGACAGGUUCUUCUUGUUAAUGAGAAGGAUCAGCCAAUCCCUAAAAAACCUAUAUCGGUCAGCGUGGAUGUAAUUCCCCACCCAUUAGUUUUUCUUACUAAUGAGCACGGUUUAGUGGACUUUUCUAUUGACACCACCAACUUCACAGCUUCUUCCAUUACAGUUACGGUCAGUUACAAGCAGAACUCUAACUGUUAUGAUAACACGUGGAUGGAUGAAUUUCACACAGAAGCACACCAUACCGCAAAGCAUAUUUAUUCCCCGAGCAAGAGUUAUGUUAGCCUUGAAGCUCCCGUUGGCACUUUAACCUGUGGACAAACCCAGAAGAUCCGGGCACACUACAUUCUGAAUGGACAGAUUCUGAAGGAUGAAAAAGAGAUAACCUUCUAUUAUCUGAUCAAAGCAAAAGGAAGCAUCACCCAAUCAGGAAUCCAUGUGCUGUCUGCUAAACAAGGAGACAUGAAAGGGGUCUUCUCCCUCUCCUUCCAAGUGGGACCGGACAUUGCACCUAAGGGUCAGCUGCUUAUUUAUUCCAUUUUACCUAAUGGAGAAGUUAUCGCAGACACUGAGGAACUCCAGGUUGAAACCUGCUUUGCCAACAAGGUCAAUCUGAGUUUCUCCUCUGCCCAGGCUCUGCCAGCCUCAGAUACCCAGCUGAAGGUGUCAGCCAGCCCGCACUCGCUCUGCGGCCUCCGCGCAGUAGACCAGAGUGUGCUGCUCAUGAAGCCUGAAGCUGAGCUCUCGCCUAAAACGGUCUAUAAUUUGCUGCCAGCAAAGCAUUUCUAUGGUGUUGGAUAUGACAGUGAAGAUGGAAAGUGCGUCGAGCCAAAAGACAUAAUUCAGGAUGGAAUUGUUUACACACCAAAGGAGACUGUAUAUGAUGACGAUAUUUAUAGUAUCUUCCGGUCUGUAGGAUUAAAGAUUUUCACAAACGCGAAAGUCCACAAGCCACGUUUAUGUGAGCCACCACCUGAACGAUUUCAAAUGAUGCCUCUGCGUGUAGGAGACUUUGGACUAGGUUUACGUGGACCGCUACCUAUGGGAGCUGCUGCAGCAAUGCCAAUGGCAGGGAGCCUCCCGCCUCCACCUAUGCCUCUGCUGGUGACUGUGCCGGUGAGAGAGACCAUCCGGAAGUACUUCCCUGAGACCUGGAUCUGGGACUUGGUAGUUCUCGAUUCAUCCGGUGCAAGUGAGCUGACAAAGAAGGUUCCAGACACCAUCACCGAGUGGAAGGCCAGUGCACUCUGCUUGUCAAAGACCACGGGGCUGGGCCUCUCCCCCAUCGUCCCUCUUCAAACCUUCCAGCCCUUCUUUCUAGAACUCACCCUCCCCUACUCCGUGGUGCGAGGAGAAGCCUUCACACUCAAAGCCACUGUGUUCAACUACUUGCCGCACUGCAUACGGGUUCGCGUGGAGCUGGAGGCCUCUUCUGCUUUCCUGGCCGUCCCGGUGGAGGAGAGUGAAGACUCCCACUGUGUCUGUGGAAAUGGACGGAAGACCGUGUCCUGGGCUGUGACCCCAAAGUCCCUGGGAAAGGUGAAUUUCACCGCUACCGCAGAAGCCCUGCAGUCUGAGAAACUGUGUGGCAAUGAGGAGCCUAAAGUCCCAGCACUUGGACAGAAAGAUACCGUGGUCAAGCCUUUAAUAGUUGAGCCUGAAGGAAUAGAAAAGGAGGAAACUUUCAACUCAGUGCUCUGUGCAUCAGAUGCUGGGGCACCUGAAAAGUUGUCACUGAAAGUUCCUCCAAAUGUGGUGGAAGGCUCUGCCAGGGCAACGUACACAGUUUUGGGUGAUAUACUAGGCUCUGCAAUGCAAAACCUUCAGAAUCUGCUCCGGAUGCCCUAUGGUUGUGGAGAACAGAAUAUGAUUCUUUUUGUCCCCAACAUCUAUGUCCUGAACUAUCUGAAUGAGACACGACAGCUGACAGAGAAGAUCAAGUCCAAAGCCAUUGGCUUCCUCGUCAGUGGGUACCAAAGGCAGUUGAAUUAUAAGCACAACGAUGGUUCAUACAGCACCUUUGGGGAAAGCAGUGGAAGCCAGGGAAACACUUGGCUCACCGCAUUUGUGCUCAAGUCUUUUGCUCAAGCUCAAUCACACAUCUUCGUGGAUAACUCACACAUCACGAGUGCCUUUUCCUGGCUGUCAAGGAAACAAAAGGAAGAUGGCUGUUUCCAGAGCUCUGGAUCACUGCUACACAAUGCUAUGAAGGGCGGAGUAGAUGAUGAGGUGACGCUCUCUGCCUACAUCACCAUUGCCCUGCUGGAGAUGCCACUGCCUGUCACUAACCCGGUUGUCCGCAAUGCUCUAUUCUGCCUGGAAACGGCCUGGAGCUCCAUGUCGGAGGCCCAAGGAAAUCUUGUCUAUACCAAGGCAUUGUUGGCCUAUGCGUUCGCCCUAGCAGGAAACCAGGCUAAGCGAAAGGAGAUCCUGGAAUCACUAGACAAAGAAGCUGUAAAAGAAGAGGAUUCAAUCCACUGGCAACGUCCUGGGAAAAUUGGAGAAGCCGAGACACUAUUUCAUCAACCGCGGGCCGCUUCUGUAGAAGUGGAAAUGACAGCUUACGUGCUCCUCGCCCUCCUUACUGGCAAGUCUGCCCGGUCUUCAGAGGACCUGGCUGUGGCAUCACACAUUGUGAAAUGGAUCACCAAGCAACAGAACCCUCAGGGCGGCUUCUCCUCCACUCAGGAUACAGUGGUCGCUCUCCAAGCCCUCUCCAAAUACGGAGCAGCAACUUUCACUAAAAACGACAAGGCAGCUUUGGUCACUGUCAAGUCUUCUGAGACCUUUUCUGGUGAAUUCCAAGUAGAUGAUGCUAACCGUCUACUGCUGCAAGAGAUCAAAUUGCCAGAGGUUCCAGGGGAAUACAGCACCACGGUGUCAGGGUCAGGAUGUGUGUAUCUUCAGACAUCUUUGAGAUACAAUGUCCUUCCCAAGAAAGAAGGAGAAGCACCAUUCUCUCUGCAGGUUAAUACUAUCCCCAAGAAUUGUGAAGGUAUAGAUGCUCACAGGAACUUCCAGAUUCACAUCGACAUUAGUUAUACCGGGAAGCGGCCCAGCUCUAACAUGGUCAUUGUUGAUGCGAAGAUGAUAUCAGGCUUCAUACCUGUGAAACCAUCCGUGAAAAAGCUCCAAGAACAGCCUCAGAUUAAGAGGACUGAAGUGAGCACCAACCAUGUCCUAAUUUACUUUGAAGAGCUAACCAACCAAACCUUGAGUUUCUCCUUCUCAGUGGAACAAGACAUCCAAGUGAAGAAUUUACAGCCAGCGACAGUGAAAGUCUAUGAUUAUUAUGAGACAGAUGAAUUUGCCAUUGAACAAUACAGUGCCCCUUGCAGUGCUGAAUCUGAACAAGGAAAUGCCUGAAAUGAAAACCUAACAACCUCUUCAGAUCAACUUCUCCAGAAAUGAAGAGCAAUGGCUUCUUAGGAGAGAGAAGAGUGAGAGAAGGAAGGAAAGACGAAAACUUGCAUGUUGAAUAAGUUUGUGACAUUUACAACUCUCUAUUUUCUUUAUCAAUAUUAUAUUUCAUUCUGAAAUAUGUAUCUACCCGCCAUAGCAUUUU